AUGGCAACGUACACGCACUAUGAGUUGUACGUGAAACUAUUGUAAGUUUUGAUUUGUGUGAAAUUUAGUUGCUUUUGUUUACAGCGUUCGUUAUCUCAAAAGGGAAUGCACGAGCUCGAGUCAGUUUAAGAAAUAUUCGUUUAUAUAUUAUUAGAUAGAUCAUUUAAGGUGAUUGUAAUGCUGUGUAUGAUGAAGCGGCUGAAGCAUGUAGCAUGCGGAUCACGUACAACACGCAGUGUGUUGCAGCCUUGAAAGCUGCAAAAACCACCUACUGUGAAUUAGACACGGCAGUUUUUGGUUUGUUUUUUGUACAUAUGUAGUUCAUGAAUCCUAUUAUUGAAAAUUAAGAUUAUUUCUGCAACACAACCCUCUUGACAACUGUUACUAUCCUUGGCGUCGUCGGAGGUGUCGCCCUCCUGAUCCUUCUCUUUGUGAUCUUCUUGUGCUACAAAAAGCGUCAACGGAAUAAGAAAAACCGCAACGAAAAAAGUGUCACCGUCAAGACCAAUGGGACGACUGGUACUACUGGAACUACCACCGGAACUCACAGUAAGACGCAUACCAAGACUACCACCACAACUGGUACCACUACUACUGGAACGAAGACCAAACAGGGCAAGGAGGACAAGUAG